AUGAAGAGGAUUCGACAGCAGAAGAGGAUUCAACACCAGAUGAUGAGACGGCUACUGAAGAGGAUUCGACAGCAGAAGAGGAUUCAACACCAGAUGAUGAGACGGCUACUGAAGAGGAUUCGACAGCAGAAGAGGAUUCAACACCAGAUGAUGAGACGGCUACUGAAGAGGAUUCGACAGCAGAAGAGGAUUCAACACCAGAUGAUGAGACAGCUACUGAAGAGGAUUCGACAGCAGAAGAGGAUUCAACACCAGAUGAUGAGACGGCUACUGAAGAGGAUUCGACAGCAGAAGAGGAUUCAACACCAGAUGAUGAGACGGCUACUGAAGAGGAUUCGACAGCAGAAGAGGAUUCAACACCAGACGAAUGAGACAGCUACUGAAGAAGAUUCGACAGUAGAAGAGGAUUCAACACCAGAUGAUGAGACAGCUACUGAAGAGGAUUCGACAGCAGAAGAGGAUUCAACACCAGAUGAUGAGACAGCUACUGAAGAAGAUUCGACAGCAGAAGAGGAUUCAACACCAGAUGAUGAUCUAGCGGCUGAAGAGGAUUCGACAGCAGAAGAGGAUUCAACACCAGAUGAUGAGACGGCUACUGAAGAGGAUUCGACAGCAGAAGAGGAUUCAACACCAGAUGAUGAGACAGCUACUGAAGAGGAUUCGAUAACAGAAGAGGAUUCAACACCAGAUGAUGAUCUAGCGGCUGAAGAGGAUUCGACAGCAGAAGAGGAUUCAACACCAGAUGAUGAGAUAGCUACUGAAGAUGAUUCGACAGCAGAAGAGGAUUCAACACCAGAUGAUGAUCUAGCUACUGAAGAGGAUUCGACAGCAGAAGAGGAUUCAACACCAGAUGAUGAGACAGCUACUGAAGAAGAUUCGACAGCAGAAGAGGAUUCAACAGCGGAAGAGGAUUCGACAGCAGAAGAGGAUUCAACACCAGAUGAUGAGACGGCUACUGAAGAGGAUUCGACAGCAGAAGAGGAUUCAACACCAGAUGAUGAGACAGCUACUGAAGAAGAUUCGACAGUAGAAGAGGAUUCAACACCAGAUGAUGAGACAGCUACUGAAGAGGAUUCGACAGCAGAAGAGGAUUCAACACCAGAUGAUGAGACAGCUACUGAAGAAGAUUCGACAGCAGAAGAGGAUUCAACACCAGAUGAUGAUCUAGCGGCUGAAGAGGAUUCGACAGCAGAAGAGGAUUCAACACCAGAUGAUGAGACGGCUACUGAAGAGGAUUCGACAGCAGAAGAGGAUUCAACACCAGAUGAUGAGACAGCUACUGAAGAGGAUUCGAUAACAGAAGAGGAUUCAACACCAGAUGAUGAUCUAGCGGCUGAAGAGGAUUCGACAGCAGAAGAGGAUUCAACACCAGAUGAUGAGACAGCUACUGAAGAGGAUUCGACAGCAGAAGAGGAUUCAACACCAGAUGAUGAGACAGCUACUGAAGAGGAUUCGACAGCAGAAGAGGAUUCAACACCAGAUGAUGAUCUAGCGGCUGAAGAGGAUUCGACAGCAGAAGAGGAUUCAACACCAGAUGAUGAGACGGCUACUGAAGAGGAUUCGACACCAGAAGAGGAUUCGACACCAGAUGAUGAGACAGCUACUGAAGAAGAUUCGACAGCGGAAGAAGAUUCGACAACAGAAGAAGAUUCAACAGCACUUGACGAUCUUAGACUGUAA